UUAAAAGUGAAUGCUGAUGAGUUUCUUAUCGUCCGUUACCACAAAAAACGCAUAAAAUAUUCUGAUGAUUCCGUGGAAAUCUAUGAUCCGUGACUCAGAAUCUGUAGCAAAAUAGAUGAAAAUAUUGUAAUUUUUAUGAAAAAUCUGUGAAUAUGGUAACUCUGGUAUUGACUUUAUUAUUAAAAGUCAUAGAUUGUUAAUAGUACAGGUACUACGGUGUUUUUUUUUAAUUUUUUCUCAAUAGUCACUGCAAAUGCAACAGGGACCUUUCAAGUGCGCGUUUUAGAGUUAUGCGUGAUAUUGCCUAUAAAAUGGCCGAGCUCAAAUUUGAAGCUCCUCUCGCUCAAUGUGAAGAAACAGACGAAUGGGGCCCUGUCGAAUAUCAUUCUUCAACUGUUUUGCCAAAAUGUACCCCCAAAGGUUCAGUGAAUGUGAUUAGAUUAAAUGGAUCUGCACUAACCAAAAGUUGCACUCAUGCAGAAUUCGACGACGUAAAUGAUAAUGAUCUGAAUUUAUUUAUCAAGAAUUGUAAUGGUAAUAUAGUUCUCUCUAAUCUCAAUAUAAACAAAAACAAUAGAAAAGAUCAUGACAACUUUGCCGAAGCUUUCACGGGUAGUCUAGAGGAUCUUGUGAAUACAUUUGAUGAAAAAAUUACUCAAUGCUUUGGCAAUUUUGAGCAAUCAGUGGAAGAAUUGGCCCCAGUGCAAGUGAGGUCACAAGAUGAUAUUAUGAACGAAUGUCAAAUGUGGUGGACAAUAACCGGAAAUUUUGGAAAUAUUCUACCUAUUGAUUGGUCAAAGACGUAUGCUCGUCAAAUGCAUGUCCCAGCAUUAAAAUUGGCCCAAUCAAUAGACUUAUCAAAUUACUAUGGCAAUCAAGAUCUUAGCUCAGAAGACGAAGCCGUUGCCAGUGACCUUGACAUGCAUUCUUUAAUACUUGGAGGCAUCCACCCUGAUAAUGAUCCAAUCAAAACGGCUGAGGAGGUUCUUAAAGAAAUUGAUGAUAUUAUGGAUGAAAGUGCAUCUGAAGAUGGAGUACUAGAGAGCGAAGCAAUGGAAAGAACCAAAGAAGCUCUUGGUUCGCCAUUAUAUGAAGAAAAAUUACGUUCUUUGUCAAUCACUCAGUUGAAUGAGUUGUAUAUGGAAAUGGAAGUUUUGAUAAGAGAAUUCAGUGAAACUUUAAUAUCUGAACUGGCUUUUAGAGAUGAAUUGGAGUACGAAAAAGAGCUGAAAAACACAUUCAUUUCACUUAUCUUAUCUGUACAAAAUCGUCGAAGACAUUUUCAUGUAGAAAGGAAGAGAGGGCGGCUCAACGGGAAACAAAUAAUGCCAUUUAAUUCUGUUUCGGAGCCAAAAUACUUAACUACUGUAAUUCCGUAUAACUUGGAGGGGACACCAGAUAACCAUGCGUUGCAAGUUUUAAUUAAAAUUUUGAAAGCCAUCAAUGAAGACAGUCCAACGGUUCCAACGCUAUUAACAGACUAUAUUUUGAAGGUGUUAUGUCCAACAUAGAGUACAGAGUGAAAUUAUGAUCCUAACAAUUAAGCUGAUCUAUCUCUUCUAUUGUACAUGUAUACUGAAUGUACAGUUAUCUUUUUGCUAAUAAAGGUUUCUUAAAUGUA